CCAAACUGGACAUGUACGCAUCUAACCUCUUAUACCUGUUGGCAUUAUGGAACCUUUGGGAUCUCAGUGGUGGGCAGCAGGACAUUCCGAACGGAAAGGCUACAUUGCCAAGUCCACAAACGCCGCAAAAUACAAUCGAUCAGAUUGGUAUUAACCAGAAUUAUUGGUUUACAUACAACGCGCUUAAACAAAACGAAACAUUGGCAAUUAUUGAUACAAUGGAAAUGCGCAUAGCAAGUAGCUUGCUGGAGUUUAAGGCCCAGAUGGAAAUCCAGCUUCAGCCGUUAAAGAUUAUAAUGCGACACCAUGCAUCCAACAUCAAAGCGUCUAACAACAUCAAGAUGAGACGAUUCGAGAAAGUUGGCUCCAGACAUUUUCACAUCGAGAAGAAUCUAAUGCAAACUUGGUUUGAGGCAUAUGUCACAUGUCGUAAAAUGAACGGUCAUCUGGCGAACAUCCAGGAUGAGAUGGAGCUGGAUGGCAUCUUGGCGUUAGCACCCAACAAUAGCUACUGGAUAGAUAUAUCCAAACUGGUUGAAAAUGGCGGCACAUUCGUCUCCACCCUAACCGGACGAGAACCCUUCUUUGUCAAAUGGAAGAGUAAUCAGGAUACAAAAAAAAAGAAUCAAUGCGUUUACAUCUAUGCUAAAGAGAUGUCCUAUGAUGAGUGUUUUGAAAAAAAAUCUUUCGUUUGCCAAGCAGACCAGUGGGCCUAAACAUAAAGAAAAUAUUGUUUUGUAGCUUGAAUAAAAAAAAACAGCUCGUUU